AUGGGCCCCGCUUCGGACGCUCCCAUUCCGGCAGUAGAUUUCCCCUUUCCGGAGGCCUGGAGAAAUUUGGGGAGCUCAUCAACACCCCCGUCCCCCUCAAGAUUUCUCAAGAUGAGUCACCGUAAGUACGAAGCCCCCCGCCACGGCUCUCUUGGUUUCCUCCCCAGGAAGCGUGCUGCUCGUCACCGUGGAAAGGUUAAGUCCUUCCCCAAGGAUGACCCCAAGAAGCCCGUCCAUCUCACCGCCAUCAUGGGCUACAAGGCCGGCAUGACCCACGUCGUUCGUGACCUUGACCGACCUGGAUCGAAGAUGCACAAACGUGAGGUCGUCGAGGCUGUUACCGUUAUUGAGACCCCUCCCAUGAUCGUCAUCGGUGUUGUCGGCUACGUCGAGACUCCCCGUGGCCUGCGCACACUCACCACCGUCUGGGCUUCUCACCUCUCAGAUGAAGUCAAGCGUCGCUUCUACAAGAACUGGUACCGUUCAAAGAAGAAGGCCUUCACCCGCUACGCCAAGAAGCAUGCCGAGGAUGGUGGCAAGAGCAUCGCUCGCGAGCUCGAGCGCAUCCGCAAAUACUGCACUGUCGUCCGUGUCCUUGCGCACACACAAAUUCGCAAGACUGGCCUGCACCAGAAGAAAGCCCACCUCAUGGAGAUCCAGGUCAAUGGUGGCUCUGUCGCUGAUAAGGUCAAGUUCGCCCAGGACCUCUUCGAGAAGCCCGUGGAGGUGUCCUCUGUGUUCGAGCAGGAUGAGAACAUCGACGUCAUUGCCGUCACCAAGGGUCAUGGAUUCGAGGGUGUGACCCACCGUUGGGGCACCAAGAAGCUGCCUCGUAAGACACACAAAGGUCUCCGCAAGGUUGCUUGUAUUGGAGCAUGGCAUCCUUCCAAGGUCAUGUUCUCGGUUGCCCGCGCUGGUCAAAACGGAUACCACCACCGCACAGAGCUCAACAAGAAGAUCUACCGCAUUGGCUCUGGUUCCGACGACGCCAAUGCCUCGACAGAGUCGGAUAUCACAAAGAAGCUCAUCACACCCAUGGGUGGCUUCCCUCACUACGGUAUCGUCAAGAACGAUUUCCUGCUGCUGAAGGGUUCCGUGCCGGGUACCAAGAAGCGUGUCAUCACCCUGCGCAAAUCCCUCAUGGUGCACACAUCUCGUCGGGACUUGGAGAAGGUGCAACUCAAGUUCAUCGAUACCUCAUCGAAAUUCGGCCACGGAUCCUUCCAAACGUUCGAAGAAAAGGCCGCGUUCUUGGGAACGCUCAAGGCCCGCGCUUGA